UCUUAGCAUGGCUCCAAAGUGGGAAUCCCCCAUUACAUACACACACAGGUGCUGCCCACAGGCACUGACCCCCACGGGGGGCUUGGGAUGGGAAGAGAGGGGGUGGGUCAGGCAGCCUCUGUCUCCCCCAGUGCUUAAAUCCUUCCCCAGCCUGGCUGGAUCAGACAGUGAGGAGCAGCCAGAGAGGACGCAGCUGGUUCAGCUCGCUUCAGUGGGGAGCCUGGGAUGAACCUCUCGGUGCCAGGGCUGUUGCCAGCAGGGAACCCUGACGACUGCGUGCCCAACGACCCGGUGCAGUUUGUGCUGGUGCCUGCUGUCUACUGCCUGGUGCUGUGCGUGGGGCUGCCGGGCAACUUGGUGGCCCUGCUGGUUUUCCUGCAGAACGGCAAGGUGAGGAAGGCCAUCCGCAUCUACCUCAUCAACCUGACGCUGGCAGACAUCCUCUUCAACCUCACCCUGCCCCUCUGGAUCUCCUACUACCUGGCCGGCGGCGACUGGCUGCUCUCAGAGGCCGCUUGCCGCCUGGCAGGGGCUGCCUACUACCUGGCGACCUACAGCGCCGUCACCUUCAUGGCACUCAUCAGCUUCAACCGGUUCUGCGCGGUGCGGGCGGCACGGCGCCAGCUGCCGCUGACGGGGCGCCGGGGAGCUGCGCUGGCCUGUGCCAUGGCCUGGCUGCUGGGGCUGGGCUGUGCCAUGCCCACCCUGGCUGCACAACAGACCUUUCCCGCCCGGGCCGGUGCCACCGCCUGCUUCGAGCAGCACGGGCGUCAGCGGGUGUACGCCUACGCCAUGGUGGGGUUCUUCGGUGCCGCCUUCCUGGUGGUGCUGGGCACCUAUGCCUCCAUUGCCAGGGCUCUCUCCGUGCCCGCCGCUGCCUCACCGGGCUCCCACCGGCAGCAGGCACGUGCCAUGGUGCUGGGAAUGCUGCUGGUCUUCGUGGUCUGCGUGGCACCGUACCACCUCACGCUGGCCCCCUGGGUGGGCAGCCAGCCUCCUGUGCCGCUCUGCGGGCCCCCUGCCACCCUGGACGUGCUGCACAUGCUGAGCGUGGCCCUGCUCAGCCUCAACAGCUGCCUUGACCCCCUCGUCUACUGCUUCUCCAUCCGACGCUUCCGCGCUGACCUGGCACGGACCCUGCGCAAGGUCGGCCGCUGCCUCCCGCUCUCCCCGCCAGCCCCCGCCCUGCCCGGUGCCCGCACGUCCUCCUUUGCCUCCUCGUAGUGGAGUGGGCGCUGAGGUCCUGUUCCAGGCUGCUCUGGUGUCGCUGUCCCAGCAGGAUGGGGCCCGAGCACCUGGCUGGGGAUGGGGAGCAGCACGAGGGGAGGUCUGGUUUUGUGCAGCCCUCCUCUUCCUCCCACCUCCGUUCUGCUCUGCCCGUGGUUUACGGUCACGCACGGAUCCUGCCCUCCACUUUCACCGGCAGCAGGAGGGCAGAGGCUGAGCCAUGGCAAGAAAGGACAGGGAUGAAUGCCCAGGGGUUGCUGUCCCUUCCCGGAGGUCUCCUUCCCAUGAGACACGCAUGAUGAAAGGCAUCUGUGGCAUGAGCCAAGCUGCCUGGCGGGGGUGUGUGUGGGGACCUGUGGCCAAUCCCACCCUGCAACGCGCCCCAGUCUCACACCCUCAUCCCUCCUGCCUCUCUCAGGAUUAAAAGUUAAUGAACCGAA